AUGCGAAAGCUUCUCUUGAUUCUGUUCGCCGUUUCUGCGGGGGCUACGAGCUACCGUAACGUAUUUCUGCCUCAAGAGGGACCAAUCUGCUCGGACCCGCGGUACCGUUGCGAGGACGAAGACUCGACGUGCUGCCAGACGCCGCAGGGAGAUUAUGGAUGCUGUCCGAUGAAAAACGCCGUCUGCUGCGAGGACAAGAUCCACUGCUGUCCCCAUGGUACAACCUGCGACGUCGAGGAGGGCACCUGCAAUCACGCCUCCGGCCACCGGCUCCCGCUGCAAAAGAAGAAAGCCAGCCAGAAGCACGACGUUAAGCUGGAAGUGGAGUGUGCCGACAAGAAGUCAAAGUGCCCGAGUGGUACCACGUGCUGUCUGAUGUCCAUGGGCGGAUAUGGGUGCUGUCCGCUGCCCAAGGCUGUCUGCUGUGAGGAUAGGAUGCACUGCUGCCCCGACGGAACUCGCUGCGACUCCAGCGGCCAGCGCUGUAUUCAGGACGAGACAAACCAUGUGACGCCGUGGUUCACAAAAUUCCCCUCAACCCCGAUCCGCCGGAAGCCCGGCAUCAAGUUCAGCAAGGACCUGAUCGAGGACUCGUCGGAGACAAUUUCCGGA